AUGCUGCUCAAUGAAAAUCUGGUGCAGACCGACAAAGUCGCCGCCUCCUCUGUCUUUUGGGCUCAGAAGGUGAAGCUGUUGGCAGCGCGGGCCUCAUUGAAGGCCAUUGCGAUUCCUGAAGUCUCCGUAGGGCAACCUAACACCAAGUUGCUGUGGUGUAGUGCAUCGAAAACGGCCUUUUACAAACAGGAACAGGAGGCAGAGAAGCGCGCGGAGACGGUAAACACUCUGGAACUGCGCCUCCGCUUGCUUCAGGAAGAAGUCCGCGCUGUUUCCACCUGCGACCCUGAGCGGCUGCAGCAGUUGCGAGAAGAAAUUAGCUUUGCUAGAGCCGCUCUUGAAAGAUGGACGGACAACAUAUUUAUAAUUCGUGAGGGUCUUGCUGCUCGUGAUAUCGGCUGCUUCCUCUGUUUUGCACCUUCUCCCUAUCGUGUCG